AUGGGGCCAGACAGCUUCCCCCGUGGCCCCAAUAGCACCCGCCCCCAGUGGGCACACCUGACCAAGCGCCUCUGGGCUGCCCAUCAUGGGACCCUCACAACAGUGGGGGAGCACAGCCAGCCACAGAUCCUCAGCCUCAGCACGGAGACAAGGAAAGUUCUUUUCAGGCCGUUAUUGGGCUGGCAUCAUGCGGAGGCCGGGAUGGUCCUGUGCACGCUGUACUACCUGCUGGUGGGCGCCGCCGUCUUCGACGCGCUCGAGUCCGAGGCGGAAAGCGGCCGCCAGCGGCUGCUGGUCCAGAAGCGGGGCGCGCCCCGUUGGAAGUUCGGCUUCUCCGCGGACGACUACCGCGGGCUGGAGCGCCGCCAGGCCGAGCCCCACCGCGGCCGCCAGUGGAAGUUCGCUGGCUCCAUCUACUUCGCCAUCACCGGCAUCACUACCACCGAGUACAGCUACGCCGCGCGCACGGACUCCAGCAAGGUCUUCUGCAUGUUCUACGCGCUCCUGGGCAUCCCCCUGACUCUGGUCACCUUCCAGAGUGUGGGCGAGCGCCUGAACGCGCUGGUGCGGUGCCUCCUGCUGACGGCCAAGCGCUGCCUGGGCCUGCGGCGGCCGCGCGUGUCCACAGAGAACCUGGUGGUGGCCUAGCUGCUGGCGUGCGCCACUCUGGCCCUCGGGGCGGUGGCCUUCGCGUACUUCGAGGGCUGGACCUUCUUCCUCGCCUACUACUACUGCUUCAUCACCCUCACCACCAUCGGCUUCGGCGACUGCGUGGCGCUGCAGAGCGGCGAGACGCUGCAAAAGAAGCCCCCCUACGUGGCCUUCAGCUUCCUCUAUAUCCUCCUGGAGCUCGCGGUUAUUGGUGCCUUCCUCAUCCUCGUGGUCCAGCGUCUCCUUGCCACCAACGCAGAUGGGUCCCAGCGCGCUGUCCGCCGCCCCAGCCCUACCCACCAGGAGGCGCUCGAGAGCCGCGGCCCCUCAUUGCCUCGACGCCGGGCAGGCUCGGGCGGUUCCGCCACUGUCUCCUGCCACGUGCACCAGCUGGAGAAGUGCGCCCACCACAACCUGGGCUUCUCGCCUCCCGCCCCCCCCUUGAGCCCGGGGGGUCCUAAGGGCAGGCAUCCAGGCCUGAGGCCCGGCGGAAGUCCAUCUGACAACUCCACCCGGGUUGGGUUGAAUCCGAAACGGGAGGGUCUGGCUUCAGCUAUCAGGGCACCCUCCCCAGGGAUUGGAGACAUGUGA